UUGCAACACUUGAAAGAUUCAGUAUCAAUUCCAGGAUUGCACUGGCCCACUACCUGCUGGCUUUGGCUUAAUUUGCCUGCUCACUCCAAAUCAUUAGAAGGAACGUAGCAUUCGCAUGAAGACUACAUUUCUCCUUCCAAUUCCUUACCAAACAUUUUCUACAGCUACAAUUACUUUUGCCUACAACUCUAUAUAAUCACUAUUUGUUUUGUUCUUAUUACAACAAAAAUGGAUUCUUUGUUUUUGGCUUUCAUCUUGGCUUGCCUCUGCUUCCAGUUAACCAUUACCGAUGCUCAAGCACCGGUAGCAUCACCAGUGACUUUGCCUACUACACCUCCACCUACAACUCCACCUCCACCUUCAACUACACCAACUGCACCAACACAAUCUCCAGUAAGUGCAGCAACACCUCCAGCUGCAACCACUCCUAUAUCAUCACCAACUCCUAAAGUAGCUCCAGCUAUCAGCCCAACUGUCCCACCUCCUCAAACUCCACCACCUCAAACUCCUCCUGUUGCAACUCCAGUUCAACCACCUGCAUUGCCGCCACCACCUGCUUUACCACCACCACAGGUGUCCCCUGCUCCAGCCCAGGCACCUCCAGCACCAGCCCCUGUGACACCAGCAACACCACCACCAACACCAACACCAGCACCAGCGACUCCACCAGCCCCAGUACCAGCUCCUCCACCACUGGCCCCAACACCUGAAUUAGUGCCUUCACCCGCACCAGCUCCAUCCAAACACAAGAAGAAAAGAAGGCACAGGCACAAGAAGCAUCAUCAUUCACCAGCUCCAGCACCAACUCCCCCCAGUCCCCCGGCCCCACCCACACCAGUGACAGACUCUGAGGAUACAGCCCCUGCACCAUCCCCAAAUCUGAAUGGAGGAAAUGCAUUGCAUCAGCUGAGAGGAAGGUCUGGAAUCUGGGCAAGGACAUUAGCUAUUGCCUUUCUGCUGCUGGUUACAGGCUACAGUUUUUAGCAAUCUCAUAUCAUGAAGGAAGAUAAAGGAUGACUUUGGUGUAAAUGUUAUUCCACUUGUAACCUAGAGGUCAUGGGUUCGAGCCAUGGAAACAGUCUCUGCAAAACAGGAGUAAGGCUGCAUAUAUCAACCCUCCCCAACGCCCACAAGUGUGGGAUGCUUCUGGGUCACCCUUUUAUAUCAUGAAGAAAGAUAAUUUUAUAUGUACAAAAUAAAAAUCACUUAAAAAUUCAUAUAAAUAGGAUUAUGAUGCAAGAGGCAUGCCAAUGGAUUGUCAACAUUUUUGUAUUUUUUCAAUUCUUACACAGAUGGCAUGUAAUAAAGAUGAAGUUUGAAUUACAACCACAGAAAACUAUAUAAAGAAGAAAACUGUAUAAAUACUGAAAUUCAUUCA